CCCACUUUCGCGGUCGAGGUGUGCGGACAGACGUAGAGCGCAAAGUACAGUAAGAGCCGCCGGUUUAUUUCCGAACCUGCUCCCCUCCUUCCCGCUGUGAGAGAUGCGCGCGACGGGAGCCGCCGUGCCGGUUGGGAUUAUUUUGGCGCUGGUUUGCGGAGUUGCGCUCGCGAGGAAACAGGACGCGUCCUCGGCUCUCGUGGGCAUUUUCCGCGCAAGGUGCGCCGCCAGGUGCCUCAGCCUUCACAGCGCGCGCAUCGCUCACGCGCCGACCCACUUCCAGAGUAAUGGAUCCCUGGGCUGGUGUCAAGGCCAUAAGCAAUGCGCAAAGUGCCUGGAGCCGUGCAAAGAAUCUUGGGAACAGAGCGACGGAUCCUGUCGAGAACCAUGCGAGCACGUGUUUGCCAAGCGUCAUGGUGAGUGUGUGACAAGCUGCGAGUUCCUGCGCUCCAUAAUGGUGCUGAAACAGGGCGAGUGUCCGGCUCCAGAGCGAGCCAGCGGAUUCGCGGCCGCCUGCGUGGAAAGCUGUGAGGAAGACAACGAGUGCCCGGGACACAAGAAGUGCUGCGCUAAUGGUUGCGGCCACACUUGCCAACCACCCAGAAACCUCUACAGAGGUUCUCCUCUGAAGCCCAGGAAGGAGCUGGUGUUUGAAGAGUUGCCGUCUGGAGCGUUGGAGGUGCGCUGGUCUUCCAGAUUUAACGUGUCGGCCGAGCCGGUGCUGAACGUGCUGCAGAGGCGCUGGAACUAUGGGAUCCACCCCAGCGAGGACGGUGCGACUGAGUGGGAAGUGGUAGCACAGACCUCAGAGGAACGUGUGUGGCUGGCUGAUACUCGCCCAGGUCGCUGGUACCAGUUCAGAGUAGCAGCUGUGAAUGUACACGGAACAAGAGGGUACACCACCCCCAGCAGACACUUCAAAUCCUCCAAAGAUCCGUCUCCACCCUCACCGCCCUCUGACCUACAGGUCAGUCACACGACCUUUGGAUCAGACAGCUCGGUUUCGGUGCACGUCAGCUGGGUGUGUCCAGCAGACCCAGAUGUCCCGGUGCACCACUACAAGCUAUCCUGGAGCUUGGCGCUGGGUGAAGGAGGGUACACAACGCAGUCCAAGCUCAAGAAGAGAAAGACCAUCAGCGGGGAUUCUGACUCAGUGGAGUUGGAGGGUUUGAGGGAAGACAGGAUUUACACAGUGGAGCUCCAGUCCGUGUCAUAUUGGGAGCAGCUUCCCCUCAAGAGCUCCAAGGCUAUCCUGCGCUUCUCCACACAGCAAGCAAAGCCUGAGCCCACAGCCAGCCCUGUGAUUCAGAAAGGUCAGUCAGACAUCCUGGAUGUUGGCACACCAUUCUACCAGGACGGACAACUCCAGGUUCGAGUCUACUGGAAGAAACGAGACCCGAAUGUGAGCCGUUACCGCGUGCUGUGGUUCCCGGAGUUUUGCUCUCAUAACGGAUCUCGAGCGCAAGAGAAGCUCACUACACAGGAGAAUUACGCCAGCUUACCUGGUCUACAGUUUUCCUGCAAGUAUAAAGUGAUCAUCCAAACUGUUGGGUCUAAGAGCCGAGCACAGGUAGAAAGCACCACCUUCAAAACCCCACCAUGUGCAGCCAUUCAAGGGAAGAGCUCCAAACCCAUCAUCUGCCCAGGAGAUCCUGUUGCUCCUCCAAAGGUCCAGGUGAGGGCAGAGAACCUCACUGCUGUCUUCUCUGUGCAUGAUGGCAACGUAACGGCUUUGUUCUCUUGGGUGGUAGCUGUAACCCGACCCUCUCAGCAGGUCACAGGUUACCAAGUCACCUGGGCGGAUGUCACGGCUGAGAGGCGCAAAACCAACCAGGCUAACAGCCUCAUCUCUCAGUCCCAGAUCCUCCCUCCAGAAAGAAAAGUUCUAGUUGUCUCUGGUUUGCAGCUGGCGUCUCUCUACAGGCUGGAGGUGGGAGUGAUCACUGCUGGAGGUCAGGGCCCAACAACAUUCAGAACGUUCCACACUCCAGGCUAUGCCAGACCUGUCCUCCACUACAAACCCGCGGUGAAAAAGCACCAUUUGAGGUCGGUCGUAGAACAGCACUGAAGCUCACACUGAAACGUACCAUUACAGUACAACCCCACCCGGCCCUCAAACCCAGCUCCUCAGGAACACAAAGAACAGAAAGAACCAAAGAACACUGAGCGGAUCAUUCAGCGAGAGGAUCAGAACCCUGAGAAAACAUCUGGCUCUGGGAGGAGGCAAUCGCGAAAGCGAUUACUCGAUCCCACACGUACUCGACGAAGGAUUUCCAUCCACAGGAGAGCCAGAAGACAAGGAAAAAGGACGGUGGUAAAAACAAAACACAGAAACUUGGAAAAAAGUAAUGAUCAUAAAUUGAUAUGCAACUAUAACCUGAGUGAGUCGUCCUUUUGUCCUUUUUUUUUUUUUUUCUUUUGAAAAGGUAUCCCUUUCUUUUAAUGGCACUUAACCGACAAAGCAGACUGACUGUUAACCUUCACCUCGGCAUAACCUGUGUUUAAAAAAUAAAAUAAAAUUGUCUGCAAGUCCAAUGUUGCAUGUAAGACGUUUUGCUUUGACCCAUAAAUGAAGUGGACUCGUGAAGUGGUGUGCGACUGCAUGUAUAUUUACCCCCAUCAUGACUUUAUGAUUUGUGGGCAUGCACCUUUUACUAUGUGUCAAAUUACUGUUAUACAAAGUGCGAUUCAUAUUCGCUGUGCUGAUUAUCAAUUCCGUGUGAGUUCCUUGUAAGUGCAAUAGGGUUGUUACGGUUUCCAGGUUAGGUCACGGUGUAUAUUUUUCAAGAAUACCGAUUCCAAUAAUAAGAUUUGUUUUUUUGGUUAAGUGUGCCAUUUUUGUCUCGCAGCCAUUCUCUUCUAUUCUUUCAUCUUAUAAAAACAGUGUUAUAAAUACAGAUAUUUAAAACAUUUGUACAAAUACAGUGCUGUGCAAAAGUCUCGAGCCACUCAUCAUUACUUCAUAUUUUGCUUUUAAAGAAGAGCCAGCCUUUUUUUAUGUUUAAUGUAGUCUUGAGGAAAAGUUCUCCAGGCCUACUUAAAGACCUUUUUUUUUUUUUUUACUUAUUUUCAGUCCAGUCCCAGUACCUGAGCGUUUUCUAGGAAUGUUUUUUGUGUGCCACUCAAUUGAAAUCAUUCAAGCAUUAAAAAAAAAAAUCUGACUAAAGGCAUAAACCAGUGAGAAACAGGUGCACAUGAUGAGAGAUGAUCAGGCCGGUGAUUAGUAUACUUGUGAUGCUUAGUGGUUGGAACAGAUAAGAGGGGAAAUAAGGUUGCUGCCAAGGUUGUUACUGUACAUAAACAACCAAUUUUAAUAUUGUACCUUCAGGCAUUUGCAGAUCUUUGCGGUUUAAAAAAAAAAAAAAAAAAAAAACUUUUAUCAUUUAAUCUACAAUAUUUAAUUUCAUUUCAUAUGAAAAAUGAGGGGGGUGGUUGGGGGGGGGUCUCAUGACUUUUGCACAGUACGGUAAAAAUGUCGAUCAGUCUAGUGAUUAUUAUUAUUUUUUUGUUCCAGAACAAACCGUAAUACCCCUAAAGCACCCAUUAAAAGAGUAUAUUGUUUCCGUGUGCUUCUCAUGCUGUGGGAUUUUGUCUGUCGUGUAAUUCUUGUAUAUACUACAUGUCCUUAUUUAUUUGUAUUUGUAUUGGCUACAUCUGUGUAAUAUUGCUGUGUGUAUUGUACGUAUGUCUCUGUGUAUGUGAGCGAGAAAGAGCGAGAAUGUACUGUGUAUCCCUUCCACCAUAAACAUCCUCACGAGGAGUUUUGUAUAAAAUAGAUUUGUAAAUUCCCAUGGAUUUAAAAAGUGUACUGUACAUAUUUUUUUAUUAUUAA